GACUUCGCCUCGCGACUUCUCCCUCGUCGUCUUCUUCCUCCUCUUUCGCCUCCUCCUCCUCCUCCUCUUCAACGCCGACCAACUACUCGUUACUCGUCGAGUUCCCAUUGGAGAAAGCAAGAGAAGGCCACGAAGCCACGCCUUCGCUUCCCUUUCGUCCCCGCAACGCCAACGAAUUUGACUCCUUGGAGGCUGGAGCCGUCCGUCAGCGUCCAGCAAUGGGGAGCAGAGAGGGCGGGGGCGAGGAGGAGAAGGGAGGGAAUGUGGAGGGGUGGCUCUACCUCUUCCGCUCCAAUAGAUUCGGCCUGCACUACCCCCGCAAGCGCUACUUCGUCCUCGACCGCCACCGCAACGCCCUCGAUUGCUACCGGGACGUGCCAGACGACGGGGCCCAGGUUCCUGUAAGAUCUGCAAAUAUUGAUUCAUGUAUCCGUGUAAAUGACAAUGGAAGAGAAAACAUCAUGGGGAAUGCUUUCUUUCUUUUUACUCUGCACAACACUUCAAAUGACAGAAAGCUCAAGUUGGGUACUAGAAGUUCUGAAGAAGCAGCUAAGUGGAUAAAUACAUUGAUGGAAGCAAAAUUCAAGGAAUGUGCCAUGGAGGAACCAAAUGUUUCGAUUUUCUCAAAAAGAAGAUGCGCAUCUCUUAGGUUGCGUAGAAGUCUUGCACAUUCAGCUGAUUGGGAUUUCUUCUCAUCAUUACAAAGGGAUAGGAUAAUAUCUGAUGUUAUAGAACCUUCUUCAUGGACAAUAUUUGGCUGUGACAAUGGUCUACGGUUGUUCAAAGAAGGAAGGAAGGGCAAUCGUUAUAGCAAGCAUCAUGAUGAAAAUUCGGCCAUAAUGGCAGUAGGUGUAGUUGGAGCAAGUCCUGAAGCCAUUUUCCAUGAAGUCAUUUCUCUUGGUCCAUCAAGAUUAGAAUGGGACUACUGUUUCAAUGAAGCCAGUAUAAUAGAACAUUUAGAUGGUCACACGGAUAUUAUCCAUGUGAAAUUCCGUCAUGAUUGGUUGCCUAGGGGUAUGAAACCAAGGGAUGUAUUAAUAAGGCGUUACUGGAGGAGGGAAGAAGAUGGAACGUAUGUAAUCCUCUUCCAGUCUGUUUUCCACCAAAAAUGCCAACCUCAUAGAGGAUGCAAACGUGCCUAUUUUAAAGAUGGUGGAUAUGUUAUAACUCCUAUAAACCAAGGAAAAGAAUCUGUAGUUAAGCACAUGCUUGCUAUUGAUUGGAAACUAUGGAUGCCUCGGCUUUUCACCUCUGCCAGAGAACACAUUACCAUUAGAAUGCUAAAGCGAGUUGCAGCACUAAGGGAGAUGUUCCGAGCUAAACUAGGAAACUGCCCUGGUUCAGAUGUAAGGUUUUCUCUACGAGAAGAGGCAGGACUAGAUCUACAAUUGCCAGUUCAGAAUGGAAUUCAGGAACAUACAGAAGAUUCUCGGGAGUCUGAUGCAGGAGCCGUGGGCAUGAAUGGCUCAUUCCUUGAAGCCAAUGACACUGAUGAUGAAUUUUUUGAUUUCCUGGAUGAAUCAGAAUAUGAACAACAGGAAGAUAUGUGGACUUCAUAUUCACCCUUUCAGAACCUAUAUCAGGCGAGGCGGUCUCCUGCUGCUGCUCUUAUGAAAAGAUGGCAUGGACUUGCAGUUCAAACAAAAAGUUGCAUAGGCGAAGCCUCACUAUCUGAUGAUGCACCCUUCUGUAGUUACGGUUCCACCCUACUAAAGGACUCAAGCUUUUCACUUGCUUCCACUUGGGCAACAGCAGAUCCAUCAACAUUCUUGAUACGGGGUAAAACCUACUUACGAGACCGUAAAAAGAUUGCAGCCAGUGGUACACUAAUGGAACUGGUAGCAGCUGACUGGUUAAAAUCUGAUAAGCGCGAGGAUGAUCUCAGUGGUCGCUCAGGGGGUAUCGUGCAGAAACAUGCGGCACAAUUCAGCGAUGAGUUUUUCUUCGUCGUUAACUUUCAAAUGCCAGGUUCCACCACAUACAACCUCGCUUUGUACUAUAUGAUGAAUAUGCCGGUGGAUAGCAUUCCACUGUUGAAAAGAUUUGUUGGAGGAGAUGACGCUUAUCGAAACUCAAGGUUUAAGCUCAUCCCACAUAUAGCAGAGGGACCGUGGAUAGUUAAGCAAAGUGUCGGUAAGAAAGCAUGUCUGGUAGGUCGUGCACUCGAUGUGAAUUAUUUCCAUGGAACAAACUACUUGGAGGUUGACAUCGACAUUGGUUCCUCCAUGGUUGCGAAGGGUGUUGCAAGUCUUGUACUUGGAUGCUUAACCAACUUGGUAGCAGAGAUGGCAAUCCUAAUACAGGGAAAUUCAGAUGAGGAGUUACCCGAGUUCCUCCUCGGAACUUACCGAUUGAAUCAUAUUGACCCCUCCAAAGCAGUCUCUUUAAGAUCGCGCUAAUAAGAGGUAGCAAAUCUCUCAAUUGAGGUGCAAAGGUAUUGGUUGGUAAAUCAUUUUGAUUUUCUUCCUCCAUUUUUUUUCAAUAUAAGUAAUAAAUCAAUAUUUGUUAUGCUAAAAUCACCAAAGGAACUUUAAUUAGUGGAUAUAUUAUCAAAAGUCUUCUACAUGUAUAAUGAUGCAUAAACUCAUAUCAAUUGAGAAGAAGCACAUUGACAAGGCAAUAUUACUCGUGCAAUUUCUUCUAUUUACCGAAACCAAUUUGAUAAGUUUUUGCUCGCUAUUGUUGGAGCAAGUUACCUCAAAAGCUCUAAAGUCUACUUAGUUUUGAAUCUUUAAAAUUGAAAUAGCAAUAAUUAUGUUGAUUCCAUGUAGAGUUAAAUUGAUGCAAAACGUGAUGAUACUCACGUCAAAUGACCCUCAUCCUCGGCACCACGGUAAGAUGAAGGGAGAUAAAUCAUGUACUUAACAACCCUCUAAGUGAGAGGGUUAUUUACUGUAGUUGCAAUUCAAAUCCGUGUCCAUUGAUGCGAGCAUGUAGAGUUAAAUGAUUUUUAUAGUUGCAUAUUGAGAACAAAAUUGUAUUCAUAGUUCAAAGUAAACCUUACAAUUUGAAAUUAUUUUUUACAUUAAUUAAUACCUUAUGAGAUUCAUUAUUAAUUCUUUCUAACAAAUACCA